UUUUUUUUUACGCAGGCGUCGUGGGAUCAUGCUUGUGUUCCUAUCAGUUUUCAAUUUUUACCUUCAUAGGGGUGCUCAGGAAACUGGUCCUGUCCCUUCUCAGUCGUUGUACCGACCGCGGACAUGUCCGGCUAGGCAGGCGACCCUUAGGGCGUUGGGCUGACACGGGACCCGCGCGGGGACUCCACAUGGCUCAGCAGAUUGCUCCGGGAAGGGCCUCCGCACAGCCUGCGUUCUGUAAGCUCGGGGCUGUGAGCUUCGCGGACGUGGCCGUGUAUUUCUCACCGGAGGAAUGGGGAUGUCUGCGACCGGCACAGAGAGCCCUGUACCGGGAGGUGAUGCGCGAGACCUACAGUCUUCUGGGCUCUCUCGGAGUCCGAGGCGCCAAACCAGCGCUCAUCUGCUGGGUGGAGGAAGAGACCGAACUGUGGGGACCCCGUGCCCAGGAUCCAGAAUUGGCCAUGUGCAAGACUGAAGUCCACUCAGAUUGCAGACAAGAGGAGAAAAGGAGGAAACCAAGGGAAGAGACUGAAGCAAUUCAGAGGACAUUUUCUACAGAAGCUGGGCCGAAGGAGCCACACCUCACAUUUGCUGCCCCUUCUACCAACUUGGAUCUGCUGUCCAAGGACCCUCAACAGGGGCCACCCACCUCUGGUAGUGUUCGAGCCAGGGUCCUGAGGGCAAACAAGCGUCAUGGGUGCCAUGUGUGUGGCAAGAGUUUUGCCCAGAGGCCCACAUUGGUGGAGCACCUGUACACUCACACAGGUGAAAAGCCGUUUCAGUGCCCAGAGUGUAACAAAUGCUUUGGCCGGGCUUCUUCCCUGAGCAUGCACCGAGCCAUUCACCGAGGGGAACGGCCUCAUCGCUGUCCUAACUGUGAGAAGUGUUUUUCCCAGCGGUCCACAUUGGUGGCGCAUCUGUACACUCACACGGGUGAAAGGCCAUUCUGUUGCCCUGACUGCAACAAGUGCUUUGGUCGGGCAUCUUCUCUGAGCACGCACCGGGCCAUACACCGAAAGGAGAGGCCUCAUCGCUGCCCUUACUGUGAGCGGACUUUCACACAGCGCUCUGCACUCACCAGCCAUCUCCGAGUCCACACUGGGGAGAAGCCUUACUGUUGCGCUGAUUGUGGACGCCGCUUCAGCCGGAGCUCUGGGCUCCAUGAGCACCAGCGGGUGGUGCACAGCGGCAUGACCCCGUUUAGUUGCACAGUCUGUGGCAGAGCCUUUGCUGAUUCUAAAUAUCUUCGGCGCCACAUGCGGAUCCACACAGGCGAAAAGCCUUAUUCCUGCCCUGACUGCGGACGCUGCUUUCGCCAGGGCUCUGAAAUUGCAGCCCACAGGCGGACCCACACUGGCGAGCGUCCCUACCCCUGCCCUCAGUGUGGCAGAGGCUUUCGAACAAAGUCAGCUAUGACAAGCCACCAGUGGGUCCAUCGGCCAGGAGCUAAAGGUCACAGGGACAAAAAAGCCAGUCAGUUAUCUGUAGCCCUGGGCACUGGCCAAGAGGACCCGGAUCCACCUGUGGGCUUCCAGCUUUACCCAGAGAUCUUCCAGGAGUGUGGGGCAUAGUCCUAAACGUGCCGACGGAAAUCACAGGCGUUCUAGCAAGUGUUGGUCCUGGGAACAGGGUACAGUCUUCUAGGUGGUUACCAGAUGCAUCUGCCCACACCUGGAUCCUGAGUCUAUUGGACUGGGGUGGGAAACCCCACUAGAACUCUAUAUGAGAAGCAAGGGCAGUUUCCCGUCUCAGAAGUAUUGAGAGGCUUGAGUUUGAAAAGAGCCUUAUUGAAGCCAUUGCCUCUUUAAUGCAGAGGCUAACGUCGAUGGCUCUGUGAAUUGAGCCAGCUGCGUUUUCAGGGUUACUGGUCAUGAGCCUGGUGUGGUGGUGCCUGCCUAUGAUCCCCUCAUUGGGGAGGUAGAGACACCUGAGACUGCAUCUAAAGAUAAUAAAGAGGGAAAUUAAUUGAGAAUUGAAAA